AUGGCCAUGUCAACGGUAUCCGUCGUCCACUCUACCACACAACCAGCUCCUCUAUGGUCCACCGUUGGCGCCAAGACAGAGCCAAUCCAGGAAGUAUUAUUGAACGACAAUGGCAAACCAUAUUCAAAGUCAAUGCAACACCACUUCAGCACCGAAAGUAAAGAUUUCUCUGGCUCAUCCCUCAAGAAGCUUGCCACACGACUGCAUGGACGAAAGGUCAUCCCUCUUGGAACUGGAAGACCGACCCCCGACUUUUACCCUUGGGAGUCUCUGACCGUUCGAGGAAUAGUACCUCAUCCAUUGGGAUCUAGUGCUACCGGCGUGGAAACAGCAGACUACAGGGUUACGAAGCAUGGGAGCACGUAUAACCUAUCCAACGGGUUGAACUAUGGACCGACUGUGGGGUCACCAUCCCUCGUCCGGUUUUUGACAGAACAUGUGGAGAUCAUGCAUCAUCCGUCCUAUGCAGACUGGAGGGUCAGUUUGACCUCUGGCUCAACGGCUGCUCUGGAGAUUGCGUUCCGCAUUUUCUGUAAUCGGGGAGAUACAGUCCUGGCUGAACAAUUCACGUACCCCGGAGCGAUUGAAGGGGCAAAACUGCUGGGUCUGGCGUUUGAGGGUGUGGAAAUGGAUGUGGAAGGUCUUCGGCCGGCAGCUUUGCAAAGGAUUUUGCGAGAGUGGGAUCUAUCUCGAGGGCCCAAGCCUCGGGUGCUGUAUACCGUUCCCACAGGUCAGAAUCCCACCGGAGCCACGCAAUCGACAGAGAGACGACGCGCCAUUUAUGGCAUCGCUGAAGAACAUGAUUUGAUCAUUAUUGAAGACGAUCCAUACUACUUCCUUCGCAUGGGUGUCUACCCACCCAACCAAGAAAGUACUGCAAAGACUCCUCAUCUGCCAUCCUACCUCUCGCUCGAUCGAUCAGGCCGUGUUGUCCGUCUUGAUUCAGCAGCUAAGAUCUUAGCCCCUGGUCUCCGGACUGGCUGGGUGACCGCGAGUGCCCAGAUCAUAGAGAAGUUUAUUGCUUACCAAGAGAUCACCACCGUGGAAGUAAACGGGCCAUCGCAGUUGAUGCUGUGGUCUCUGCUAGACCAGACAUGGGGCCAUCAAGGCUUUAGCUCAUGGCUGGACCACAUAUCGUCGGCCUACCGCACCCGGCGGGAUGCUCUACUACGUGCUUGUGAUCAGUAUCUACCUCGAGAUAUCUGUGCCUGGGACACACCAGAGUAUGGCAUGUUCUUGUGGCUGCGCCUGAACUGGGCGAGGCAUCCUUUGCUCAGGAGCAAGUUGGAAGCAGUGGAGGGUGAAGAGUUAUUAUCCGAGGUUGCUGAGAGAAUUAACAACAAUGCAAUCGAGAAUGGGGUGCAGGUGACAAAGGGAUUACUCUUCACUCCUAAUCAGCAGCCGAAUGGGGAACUGCAGUUCCGGUUGACAUUUGCGGCUGCCCCUGCGGAGGAAUUCGAACGGGCUGUGAAGGCUUUGGGGGAUGCUGUUAGACAAGAGUUUUCGGUUACCUGCGAAUAG